UGAGGAUGGGAAGAUAAUAGCCCACACUGAACAGGAUGGCUGAACCUCCGAAAUGAUCAAUUUGUGUCUUUUUAUGAUGCAUUCUGACAAAACUAAGCCUGGAGAAGAGUGAAGAAAGGAACAAAUGAUCGCAUCUGUUUUUUUUUGACAUGUCAACCCAUUCUUCAUACCAUACUGAGGUAUUGAGGAAGGAUGUGUUUUGAGUGCAGUGUGCCAUCCUUCUGAAAUCACUGGAUCCAAAAUCUCCAUGGAGGAAUUACUGGAGACAUCUGCGGUGUGUGCGCGCUCCGAGAUGCCGUAGCUCUACACGAGCCGUGAUAGAUUGAGUACUUUUAUGGAAAUUGCUUGGAAAUUUCUGAGAGACAUACGGGCAGCAAUAAUACCACACAUAUAAGCCAGCGCCGGCGAUCUGUGUGUCUCUGCAAUAAGUGGCUGAUAAAAAGCAAUAAACUCUCUAAAAUAAAUACAGUCAUCCGGUUGUGCGCCAUGGGCGACGAGGCGUCAAACUUCAGGGGAAGCAGCAGGACCGGUGUCUCAUCACUAAAACGCAGGACUGGUGAGGAUCACGGCAGAGGGGAGAGUCUACAAAAUUAAAACUGAUCACCACUGAGAACAAUGCGAUUAAUGAUUUUUGAGUUGCCAGAUUACCACUGUGACAGUUUUUGAUGUUAUUCAGAAAACACGAUUCAGAUCUGGGCUGUGCUGGACUUGGUCACUUUGAUUUGUUCGAGUGGCAGAGAAGGACAUGAAACGUUUGGUUUUGUGCUUGAAAAUAAAAGAAAACAGCCAUAUCAUCUAAGAAAUAAGUUUAAAGAGGAUCUUUAAUAUUUUUUUUUGCACUAUGAUGGAACCAUCGCCGUGCUCGAAGAAGAGCCUGUCCCUGUCGCUCCCGGUUCCGCGGGAAGGACAGGCGACUCUAAAGCCUCCGCAGCAUCUUUGGAGACAACCCCGAACCCCCAUCAAAAUCAAACACCGGGGGUACUCCGACACCGACCGGCAUCACCACCGGCACAUGGAGCGCUCAGACGCCGUGGAUACGAGCGACAGACCAGGACUGAAAAAGUCUCGGAUGUCCUGGCCGUCCUCCUUCCACGGGACCACAAACACAUCCAUCGGAAAUUGUGUCGGGAAUAAACGCUUCGAUUCAGAGAAUGGUCCCUCACCAGGCCGCAGUCCCAUGGAUUCGCAGGCGAGUCCUGGGUUGGUGCUCCACCCUUCUUUCCCCCAGAGCCAGCGCAGGGAGUCCUUCCUGUACCGCUCUGACUCAGACUACGACACGUCGCCUAAAACCAUGUCACGCAACUCCUCCAUCAACAGUGAGGGGCACGCAGAAGACAUGAUCGUCACCCCUUUCGCUCAGGUGUUGGCCAGCCUACGAACUGUAAGAAGCAACUUCACCAUCCUCGCCAAUGUCACAACACCCACUAACAAGAGGUCACCAGUGACAAGCCAGCCCACUGUUCCCCAAGCUACACUUUCUGAUGAGACAUACCAGCAGAUGGCUCGGGAGACUUUGGAGGAACUAGACUGGUGUCUGGACCAGCUGGAGACCAUUCAGACGCACCGCUCCGUCAGCGAGAUGGCCUCCAAUAAGUUCAAGAGGAUGUUGAACAGGGAGCUGUCCCAUUUGUCAGAGAUGAGUCGCUCAGGGAACCAGGUGUCAGAAUACAUCUCCACCACCUUUCUAGAUAAGCAGAACGACGUGGAGAUUCCAUCCCCGACUUUAAGGGAGAGGGAGAAGCCCAUGUGUCACAUCAGCGGUGUGAAGAAGCUCACGCACAGCUCCAGCCUUUCAAACUCCACCAUGCCCCGAUUCGGCGUGAAGACUGAACAUGAGGAUGCGUUAGACAGGGAGCUGACUGACUUAAACAUAUGGGGCCUUAAUAUCUUUCGUGUGGCGGAGUUCUCUAAUAACAGACCCCUCAGCUGCAUAAUGUUUGCCAUUUUCCAGGAAAGAGAUCUACUAAAGACCUUUCGGAUCCCCGUGGAUACGUUUGUCACCUAUGUGAUGACCCUGGAGGACCACUACCAUGCCAAUGUGGCCUAUCACAACAGCCUCCACGCUGCAGAUGUCACUCAGUCCACUCAUGUACUACUAUCCACGCCGGCUCUAGAUGCUGUGUUCACUGAUCUAGAGAUACUAGCUGCGUUAUUUGCGGCUGCCAUCCACGAUGUGGACCAUCCAGGAGUGUCCAACCAAUUCCUCAUAAACACAAAUUCAGAGCUAGCCCUGAUGUACAACGAUGAGUCUGUGUUGGAGAACCAUCACCUAGCUGUGGGCUUCAAGCUGCUUCACGAAGACAACUGUGACAUCUUCCAGAACCUUAGCAAGAGGCAGAGACAGAGCCUGAGGAAACUUGUCAUUGACAUGGUUUUGGCAACAGAUAUGUCUAAACACAUGAGUUUGCUGGCCGACCUCAAGACUAUGGUGGAAACCAAGAAAGUGACAAGUUCUGGAGUAUUGCUGCUUGACCACUACACUGAUCGGAUACAGGUGUUAAGGAACAUGGUGCACUGUGCUGACCUAAGCAAUCCGACGAAACCCCUGGCUGUGUAUCGACAAUGGACAGAGAGAAUCAUGGAGGAGUUCUUCAGGCAGGGAGAUAAGGAGAGAGAGCGAGGGAUGGAGAUCAGCCCCAUGUGCGACAAACACACUGCGUCUGUGGAAAAGAGCCAGGUGGGCUUUAUUGACUACAUUGUCCACCCGCUGUGGGAGACAUGGGGGGACCUUGUGCACCCUGACGCCCAGGACAUCUUGGACACUCUGGAGGACAACAGGGACUGGUACCAGAGCACUAUCCCACAAAGCCCCUCGCCACCACCUGUGUGCCAGGAUAAGGAUCUAAACUCCUGCAUUGACAAGUUUCAAUUUCAGCUCACUCUGGAGGACAGCUCUCAGAGAGAAGAGGAGGACGAGGAGGACACCUCUACACUGAACCACGUGGCACAAGACUGCAGUCAGGGGGAGGAGGAGGAUGAAGAUGAGGAGGACAAAAAAGAAGAGGACAUAAUGGGUGAGGCGGGAAAUGAGGACAUUAUAGAAGAGGAAGAGGAGGUAGCAAUGGAGGAGGAGGAGGUGGAGGAGGAACAGGAGGAGGAGCUAAAGGCUCAGUUGGAGGUGAGAUCUGGAAAGGAGAGACUUUCUGACACAAGUCCUGUAGAGGAAGAGGAAGAUUCUUCUUCACAAGCUGAAGAUACAUGAGUUCUGCUGCCGCAUCUCCCUCCUCCCUUGCACACAUAAUUUUGUUCAUCCUUUUCAAUGGCCAAACCAAGAACAAAUAAGACUGCAAUGACAGUACAGACCUUUAAAUAUAUUUUUCAAAAAGGGAAUAAAUUAAAAUCGCUUCAAGAGAAGGUAAUUACACAGCAACUGUAGAUUUGGAGUGGUGACAAGUCCUCCGACCGAUUUCACAACAAACUUUAGACUAAGAGGAAUUUAGGAGGGCAUUCAAGAUGGAAAACUGAAGACAGCGUAGCACUCUGGGACUGUGAUGCACACACACAAACACACAGGAGGUCACACAUACACAUAUAGUAGGAGCAAGUCAUGUCAAAUACAUCAAUUCAAUACAUGUGACUGCGUACAUCAGUCAUGCAGUAUAAUUGGAGGGCAAAUCUACCCCCUCCUUUCUUACAUACACAAAUGCAAACAAUCACACACACACACUUGACUGUAUAUUUGUGUGUGUGCAUUUACAUGAGGGACAUUGAUCAGUAAUGAAUCUCUUUGGAAAAAGCCAUCUCUUAAAAGGAGUAUUAACUAGUGUUCAGUCAGUAUUAGUAAUUCAUGUUCGUUAGAACCUCAACAGAAACUGUUCUCCUCAGACAAGCUACUCAGCCGAGGGACUUUUUUUUCCAUUUCUGUCGGAAAGAAAAGAAAAUCCACAGAGUUGGGGGAGGAGAGAGGAAGAUGCUGAAGGAUAAGAAGAUGCUGCGAUGGAGGGGCCGCUGGUCCCAUACCCCUUUUCCCUUUACGAGGAGAGUGCUACUGGUGCAAGAUGGCUCUGUGCCUUUCUAAAACACCAGCUUCCUGAAUGGAGCUGUCGUGAAGCAAUGCAUUGUGGGACAGGAGUGUCUAAUUUUGUUAUAAUUUUUGAUUGUCUCUUGUUGAAGAUCUCUCUUUACUAUUCAUGGUAUUGUGGUGUGUAUCUCACACGUACAGUUUCUGUGGUGAUAUGUUUUAAGCUGUAAGUCUUCCUUUGUUGCUCUUCUGGUAAUAUAAUAACUCAGAAGUCUAGAUGCAGAGCAAUCAUCACCACCUCCACAACCAUCAGUGGAUUUUUUUCCAGCUUAUGGUUUUUUCUUAUUAGAAUGAUUUUUUUACUUUGAGAAUAAGCCAUGUGAUGCUUUGAAGCAUAAGUUUUGCCUAUUUUCUAUUUAACGGUUUCUAAAUAUGUUGAGGGGAUACAGAAUUAUUCCAUCAGCAGAACAAAUUUCCACUUGCCAUCUCACACCCACUUGCACUGCGUGGUUAUUUCUCCUCAUACACAAUGAUUCUCACCAAAGUAAAGGAUGAGAAGCUUCAGUGGGUGAAGUGAUUUGAAGAAUAAGGACGAAGAGGAAAAUCAGGGAGGCAGAAUGUCAUGAGAAAGAAGCGUUGAUUGACCAAAAGCUGGUCUGGCAGUCCCUAAUCAUCCUUGUUAUGUUUGAUGCUUUUUUGCCUUAAUGUCAGAUGCAGGAUACAUACCUGCCAGUAUGUAGAUUUAUAAGAUAUAUAAUAGAUAUCCUAGUAUAUUUAUAUCGCGUCAGUAUGCUUAUUUCUGUGAGUAUCAGUGUGUCUAUACACAGUGUAUCCAACAUUGCAUAUAGAGUGAAAAGGAAAAACAUUGCUGCCAAUAAUGUUGUUGCUGAGCUCGGACAAACACAAAGAAUGUGCUGUUUUUUAACAGGAAGGUAAAAUGACUUUCUUGGAAUAAGAAUUAUGAGUUAUGGUUUUGCAGGUGGUGAGAACGAAUAGGGAUGUCCUUUAGUUUGAAUCUGACCAGUUAUCGAUUUGACAUGAUGGAGUUGAUGCGUGUAUGUGUUUGUUUGUGUGGCUUUUUGUGUGGUCAUGAGUAAUUGUAACAGAAAGAGAUGGCAGGAUGCUUAAGAGGUUGUCAUAUUUGUCAUUGGUCCCUCACUGGCAUCAGCACAUGUUGUUGAAUGGUGUUCAGGAUUUGAUCAGCACAGCUCAAAUAGGUCACAGCUUGUUUAGGUGUUUGUUUUUCACAGGGUAAAAAAACCAAUAAAAGAACAUGAGUGUGGUUCUUUUGAAGGGUAAGAGCAAGUUCCUGCAGGUCAGUAACUGAGCUUAUCUGAAGACGCCACAGCUCGGAGCAACAGAAGCCUGUGUGUUUGACCUGCUCUGUCGCAGGAUGGAGCAGAGCUGCCGGGCCACCACACAGGCUUUCACCUUGUAGAAUGGGAAUCCAGGAUUACUACUGCAGUUACUUAAAUAAAAGAUUCCCAUAUGCAUCGGCCUUUCACUUUAAAGAUGUUGCUUUGUUUUUGUGGCUUCUUGUUUUGUCAUAAGCUAUAAAAACAUCAAUAUUUACUUGCCAUACAAACACGAUACUGUAGCAAUUGUUUCUUAUUAAGAAAUGUAUUCAACUGAUUGAUUGCUGCCAUUCUUUUUAAAUGAUGAAAAGAAAACCAUGGGAAGUGUUUUCUUUGAACAGUUUGUGUACAGUUUAUUUUUAUAUCAUUCUGCUGGAUGGUCUGGAAAAUGAAUCAUGUGUUGAUGAUAUAGCUAUAAGCAUAACCAAUCUUGUACAUAAUGUAAUAUUGGAUUGUAAAUGAUAAAUUUAUCCAAGUCAUAAUGAUUGACAAAUAACCACUUAAGGUUGUUUUGUGAACCACUAAAACACUGCAGGCCACAUCCUCACCUUUUCAUUCUGUAGUUAUGUUUUCGCUCACUUGUGCUAACAUUUUUUAAUCGUCUACAUUUAUUGUUGAAAUCAAAUAUAUUUGUACCAGCACUUUAUUUCGUCAGGUUUUGAGGCAGACAGUGUGUUUCAGGUAGUAUUCAGUCUGUGUCUGGUUGUUUGGUCAUUGGCAGUCACCCGUUGAUUAUUUUACAUUGGGGCAAAUCACAAACUCAUUGUGCAGUAGUCAAUGUUAGCCCCUUUUCUAGAGGCCUAUUCAAACAAACAAGUCAUUCUCCAUUAAUAGUCUUGUGAAAUUGAAAUAAUUUGACUGAUAAAGUCAAAGUUUAGCUGAUGUAGUCACACAGGAUGUGACAUUUUCAAAAGGAAUACAUGUUUCCUUAUCUACCUUGGCCAUUUUAGUACUACCACCACCUCUAUUUCUUAGUAACUUCAAUUCUUGUUAACCUAGAUGUCCGUCCCGUGGUGGCCUAGUGGUUCCCAUCUUGGGUGGCUGUCAGGUCACUUUUUUGCAGACUGACCCCUCUGUGAAUAUUUUUUCUGGGCUUUUAUUCAUGUGUUUGUUCACAAGGAAGAAAGAUUAUUCAAAGGGGAAAAAACAACAUGAAAUGAUUGUAAUAUUUGUAAAUGAUCUUGCUGUAAUGUGUAAAAUGUGUCCACGUUAUUUUUUAUUAUAUUAUUUUUAUGAAAGUUUUUCCUCUCAACAGAGCUGAGGUGUCAUUUUGUGAAUAAAUGCAUUUAAUAAGCAAACAUCUAUAUAUAAAACAAUAUUAUAGUAUAUCAGUAUAUUUUUCUUUUAUUUCACUGUUCGGUACUGUAAAGUGUGUUAAAAAUACAAAUAAAGUAAGAUUUUUUAUAUUAAA